AUGGUGCUUGCUGUCUCCUCACAGGAGCAGAAGAGGGUGGCUGAGACACGGGUGGGUGCUGGCAGCGCUCCCCAGGGACCACCAACGCGGGCAGCCCUGUUCAUCCGGCUCAGCAACCCCUGCGGGGCGGGGAUUGGGGUGGGAUCCCCAGGCAGGGCCCCUCCGUUUCCACCCCCGCUGCUGAGACCCGACAAACUCACGGCACCGCCGGGCGGGGCGCCCCCGGCCCGCCCCCGCUGCGGAGCGCGGUGCGGGGCAGCAGAGGGCGCCAGAGCACCGCGCAGGGCCCGCGCUCCCCCCACCGCUCCCCGCACCCACCGGUCCCACCCUCCGGACACCCCCCUCGCUCCCCGCAUCAACCCGAUCCCACCCCCCGGACACCCCCCUCGCUCCCCGCACCCUCCCGGUCCCACCCUCCGGACACCCCCCUCGCUCCCCGCACCCUCCCGGUCCCACCCUCCGGACACCCCCAUCGCUCCCCGCAUCAACCCGAUCCCACCCUCCGGACACCCCCAUCGCUCCCCGCACCCUCCCGCAGCCCCAGCCCCGAGCCCCGGCUCCCUCCGCCUCCGGCACAGCCCCCCGCGCUGGGGGCAGGAGCCCUCGGACUUAUUCAAAAGCAAUAAAAUUGAACCCAAGCGUCCCUGUUCCGUUCUGUCACCCGCGGUUCGUGCUGGAGCGAGCUCCCGUCCCACAGCACACGCCCUGCGCUGCGCUGGAGCAUCAGAUUACAGCCGCUGCCUGGGCUCCAAACAAGAUGGUAAUCGGGAGCACGGAGGCACCCUGCCUGCAUCCUGCCUGCCCAGCGGGGAGCACCGGGAGCCUGCUGGCACCGCGGGGGCCACGACACCCUCUCCUGCACUGCGGGACUGCCGGGGCUCGCUGCGCCCCGACCCCACGCAGCACAGCGACCCAGCGCGCCCCGGGCGAACGGGAGCUGCCCGCCCCCGGCGGAACCGCUGCUCGCUCAUCCCCGGGUGCUUGCGCAGGGUCCCCGCGGCUGGCAAAGCUCCGCGGCCCGGUGCGGCCCCGCUGGGGCACAGCACUGCCCGUCCCCCGCAGCCGUGGGCGUGCGAGGGGAUGGCUCCCACCGAGGGCUCGGUGAACCCACACCGGGAUCGUGGUCCCGAGCCCGCUGUGCUGCUGCCGCCCUCGCUGCCGGCGUCCCGGCUCGGGAGAUGUCGGUCCCACGGCCGCUCCCCGAGCCUCCUCGCUGCAGGGCCGGUGUCCGGGCUGCAGCCGCCGCCCCAAGGAGAGCUCGGGGAGGGCACAGCCGGGAGCCGCUCCGGCCGCUCCCUGCUGAGCGGUCCGGGCUGCGGGGACGGAGCAGCCCCCGCUCCCUCCUCCUCCUCCUCGGCCCCGGCCGCGGGCAGGACCGAGCGGUUCCUCCCGCCGCCGCCCGCCGGUCCCGCAGAGCGCAGGGACCCCGGCAGUGGCCGCUCCCCGCCGCGGGCUCUGCGCUCCCCCCGCCGCGGGAGCUCCACGCUCGGCCGGGCCGGGGUGCGCGGUGCCGGCGGGGACACGCGGGACCGCGGCUGCGCCCACGCUGCGGCAGCUGGCGGGGGGCGGCGGGAUCAGCUGCGGCCGGGGAUCAGCUGCGCCCCGGGGCCCCCCCGCUCCCUGGGGAGCGGCCCCGGCUCCCCCCGCACCGCCCGCCCUGCCCGCCCUACCUGCCCGCUGCCCUCCCGGCCCUCCCCGGGGCGGCUGGCGGCCGCCCAGCCCGGAGCUGCCCUGCUCCCUCCUCCUCCUCCUCUCCUACUUCUCCUCCUCCCGCGGGCACAGCCCUGUCUAAUCCCACGGGUGUCAAAUCCACGGUGCGGCUUUGGCCGUGGCGGGGCGGGCGCGCAUCCGCCGGGGCCGGCGGGGAGGAGGGCGCGGGAUGCUCGGGCGGGGGCACCGGGCGAGCCCCCCCUCCGCACACCGCAGCCAUGGCAACCGCGAUGGGCUGUCCCAGCCCGGCCGCAGCGCAGCGAAGCGUCCCGUGGCGGGUCGGUCGUGCUCCGCACCGGGACGCGCCCGCACACGCGGUGCUGCCGCUUCAGCUCCGACGCCACGUGGGUGGGUGAAUCUCCGGCAGCGACUCUCCGGGGAAACCCCUCUGCUUGGAAGGAUGAGGACGCGGACCUGCAGCUCGGACGAGAUGUGGAGCGCCUGGCUCAGGCAGCGAUCCCACGGGACACGGGCAUAUUCCUGUGCCUGCGUCCCACCUCCUCUGCCAGACAAUGA